AUGGUAGAAAAACCCGAAAAUAGAGUAAGAAAAGUACUCGUUGAGAAAAAAAACGGCACUGCAAUGGCUGACUUGAGGGUUAAGAAGAGGGAUGGCCGUCUUGAGGAGGUCUUCUUCGACAAGAUCACUUCUCGAAUCAAGAAGUUAUGCUACAAUCUCGACAUGAACAUCCUCUCCCCGCUGACCGUCACUAGAAAGGUUAUCGAUGGUAUCUACGAUGGAGUCACCACCGUCGAGUUGGACAAUCUUGCCGCCGAGACAGCGGCGCAGAUGUCGGUCAAUCACCCCGAUUACGCGAUUCUGGCUGCACGAAUCUCCGUUUCCAAUCUUCACAAGGAGACAAAAAAACUCUUUACUGAAGUCAUCGAGGAUUUGCGCAACGUCGAAGGUUACAAUGGCAAGAAGAAGCCGCUUAUUGGUGAUCAGACUUAUAAGAUUAUCAUGGACAACAAGGACAAGUUGAACAGCGCGAUCAUCCAUGAUCGAGACUACGAGUACAACUACUUCGGCUUCAAGACUUUGGAGCGAUCUUAUUUGAUGAAGAUCGAUGGCAAGACUGUCGAGCGACCACAGCAUAUGCUCAUGCGUGUCUCCGUCGGCAUUCACGGCGAUGACAUCGACGCUGCCCUCGAGACCUACAACUUCAUGAGCAUGAAGUAUUUUACUCACGCCUCGCCCACUCUAUUCAACUCCGGAACUCCUCGACCACAGAUGUCCAGCUGUUUCCUUGUUGCGAUGCAAGAAGACUCGAUUGAAGGUAUCUAUGAUACUCUCAAGACAUGUGCACUGAUCUCCAAGAAUGCUGGAGGCAUCGGGAUCAAUGUUCACAAUAUCCGAGCCCGUGGAUCUUACAUUGGAGGAACCAAUGGACACUCGAAUGGACUCAUUCCCAUGCUGCGAGUUUACAACAAUACCGCGCGGUAUGUAGAUCAAGGUGGCAACAAACGACCAGGUGCCUUUGCCGUCUAUUUGGAGCCCUGGCACGCUGAUAUUUUCGAAUUUCUCGAUGCAAAGAAAAAUACUGGCUCUGAAGAAAUCCGAGCUCGUGAUCUUUUCUACGCUCUCUGGAUCCCCGACUUGUUCAUGAAGCGCGUCGAGUCUAACGGCGAUUGGACUCUUUUCUGCCCCGAUGAAGCCCCCGGUCUUCAUGAGUGCUGGGGCGAAGAGUUCGAGUCUCUUUUCCAGCGAUACGAGAAUGAAGGCCGCGGAAAGCGAACCGUCAAGGCUCAAGCUCUCUGGUACAAAAUCAUCGAAGCCCAGAUUGAGGUCGGCGUGCCUUACAUGCUCUACAAGGACGCGUGCAACAGAAAGUCCAAUCAGCAAAACCUCGGCACGAUCAGAUGCUCAAACUUGUGCACUGAGAUUGUUGAGUACAGCUCGAAAGACGAAGUCGCAGUUUGUAACUUGGCCUCUCUUUCUCUUCCCGCCUUCAUCCGAAAGAAUGCGACAGACAACUCAAUGUACUACGACUUCCAUGACCUAUACGAAAAGACGAAGAUAGUCACACGAAACCUCAACAAGGUCAUUGACAUCAACUUCUACCCUGUCGAGCAAGCUCGAUUCUCCAAUUUCCAGCAUCGUCCGAUCGGAAUCGGCGUGCAGGGUCUCGCUGAUACUUUCUGCAUUUUGAAACUAGCUUUCGAGUCAGAAAAGGCGAAGCACUUGAACAAACAGAUCUUUGAAACCAUCUACUACGCUGCCGUGGAGGCCUCUUGCGAGAUGGCUGAAAAGGAUGGACCGUACGCCAGUUACAAAGCUCAUACGCAUCCAAUUACUGGACAGAAAAAUCCUGACUCUCCAAUGGCGCAGGGUAAAUUCCAGUUUGACUUGUGGGGUGUUACUCCCACUGAUCUUUGGGACUGGGACAAGCUCCGAAAGAAGGUCGCGACUCAUGGCGUUCGAAACUCCCUUCUGGUCUCUCCGAUGCCCACUGCAUCUACUGCUCAGAUUUUGGGUAACAAUGAAUCCAUUGAGCCCUUCACGAGCAACAUCUACACGCGACGUGUACUCUCCGGCGAGUUCCAGGUCGUGAACCCACAUCUUCUUCGUGAGCUUACGGAAAUCAAUGUGUGGAGCGACGAGAUUCGACAGCAGAUCGUCAACGACAACGGUUCCAUUCAGAAUCUUGCGGUCCCCAACGACGUCAAAGAACGAUACAAGACUGUUUGGGAAAUCAAACAAAAGAAUGUUCUCCAGAUGGCGGCCGAUCGUGGACCAUUCAUCGAUCAGUCCCAAUCGCUCAACAUCCACAUGGCGAAGCCUAUGUACGGAACAUUGACUUCGAUGCACUUCGCUGGCUGGAAGAUGGGCUUGAAGACUGGCAUGUACUAUCUUCGUACAAAGCCAGCUGCCGCUGCGAUCAAGUUCACCAUCGAUAAAUCGAAGGUGAAGGAGACGAACACGGUCCCCAAGAAAGAAGCCAAGACCAACGACCUUCCAUUCGAGGGCAAGGUCGAAGCGCCUGCUGUCAAGGCCGAGCCUGUGGAGGCUUCUAUUGACGAGGGCAAAGGUCCUACCGAAGAAGACAUUCAACGAUUAAAUGAAGCAGCUAUGGUCUGCUCGUUGAAUAACCCAGAAGCAUGCAUGAUGUGCUCCAGCUAG